AUGGCGAGCGCGGCGGCCGUGGUCAUCCCGAACGGGUCCCUGCGCGACGACGACGAGGUCAACGCGGAGAGGGCCCAGCGCGGAAAGGGACGCCGACCCGCGCGCCCGCCGCCCGCGCGAGAUCCGCCGCCGCCGCCCGCGCGAGAUCCAGCGCCCCGCGUGGUCAAACCUUCGAAGAAGAGGGGCCGCCCCGCGGUCGAGCCGUGCCCGCACGGGGUGAGACCCCGCUCGAGGUGCGGGACGUGCAGCGCCUGUCCGCACGGCCGGCGCCAGAGGCAGUGCGUCGAUUGCGGCGGCGCCGCCAUCUGCGUCCAUCGCCGCGUCAAGUACACCUGCGUGGACUGCGGAGGCGCGUCCGUGUGCGAGCACGGCAGGCAGCGCUACGCGUGCGUGGAGUGCGGCGGCGCGUCGAUAUGCGUCCACGCGCGGAAGCGCUCGCAGUGCGUCGAGUGCGGGGGCGUCGGCAUCUGCGAGCACGGCGCGAUGCGCCACAGGUGCAAGGAAUGCGGCCUCGGCGCGCCCUGCGUCCACGGGGUGGAGAGGCGAAAUUGCGACACGUGCGGCGUGAUUAGGGGCGCGUGCCGGCACGGAGUCAAACGGUACUUUUGCGUCGUCUGCGGGGGCAAGGGGGUGUGCGAGCACGGACUGGAGCGGCGGCGGUGCGAGACAUGCGAGCGAGCGGGCGGCGCCAAGUGCGAGCACGGGCGCAGGCGGUACUUCUGCAAGGAGUGCGGCGGGGCGGGGAUAUGCGAGCACGGUCGGCAGAGGUCCACGUGCAAGGAGUGCGGCGGCACCGGCAUAUGCGAGCACGGGAGGCACCGGCACCACUGCAAGGAGUGCGGCGGGUCGGGCAUCUGCGAGCACGGCAAGCACCGGCACCACUGCAAGGAGUGCGGCGCCGCGAAGGUGCUCAAGCAGCUGACGGGGGCCGACUGA